ACAGCUCUUAUGCACGUGAAAAGGGACAUCUUGGCAAACUCAAGCAGGUACUUCAAGACCAUGAUGGGAAGCAGAUGGACUGAGUCCAAGGGCGACAUUAUUGUCUUGGAAGAUGACACCAUGAGAAGCAUGGAGAUAUGGCUUCGAUAUCAUCACUGCACUUUAGAUGCGAUUUCAUUGGACGAUAUCUCAGUUGCGGACAUAUGGCACGUCAUACUCGCCAGCGACCAGUACCAAUUUGAUAGAGACGAGUUGCAGGAGUGGUUCAUCAGAUGGUUCCGCAAUGCAACCGCUGGAGGAAUACAUUGCGAUCGCCUUGCCAACAAGUUGAUGCUCCCUUGCUACGCAUUUGACUACGCAAAAGGUUUCCAAGUCCGCACAAGGAGCCUUGCUUAUGAGGAGAGGGGUCACAUCAUGGAGGUUAAUCCGUAAGCUGUCUUCCCAAAACGCAUAUACUGUAU